GAAAACCAAAAGCGAAACCCUGAGAAUUGAGAAAAUGGGGGAACCCUCAAACGGAGCCGCCGGGAGAGGACGGCGGCGAGACUGGACGGAGCUACCUGAGAAAGCGGCGGAGUCGAUAUUCCGGCGUCUGGGGGCCAUUGAGGUUUUGGAGAAUGCUCAGAAGGUGUGCAUGAAGUGGCGCAGAAUCUGCAAGAACAACACUCGGAUGUGGCGCACCAUCGACAUGAGAAAUGAUGGUGAUCUCCAAGCCAUGGACUACGACUUGGAGGUUAUGUGCCGUCACGCCGUUGAUCGUAGCCGUGGUGAGCUGGUCGAUAUCAAUAUCGAGCACUUCGGCACCGAUCGGUUGCUUCAUUACAUCACUGAUAGUUCAAGGGGGAUCAGACGCCUCCGACUAUUGUGUUGCAAUAGCAUAUCAGAUGAGGGAUUGGGAAAAGUGGCUCAGAAACUUCCAUUGUUGGAGGAACUUGACAUUUCUCUAUGCGGUAAUAUCUCACAUGAAGCUGUACAAGUGGUUGGGCGCUCUUGCCCCCUUUUGAAAUCAUUCAAAUUAAACAAAGAGUGGUGUAUAUUCUCAAAUGAUGAGCCUUAUGCGUACCAUUUUGGAAGUUGGUAUUCAUGUCAUUGUUACCGAGAGAAACUUGCACCUUUUCCUUUCAAAGACGAUUACAAUGGAGUUGCAUUUGCUAUAGCAGGAACAAUGGGUGGUUUACGCCACCUCCAGCUUUUCGGGAAUAAGUUGACAAAUGAUGGCUUGAGAAAUAUUCUUGAUUCUUGUCCUCAUCUUUGUUCACUUGAUCUACGCCACUGUUUCAUUCUUAAUCUGGAUGGAGAUUUGGGAAGAAUAUGUGCUGAACGAAUUGAAAAACUGUGGCUUCCACAUGAUUCUACUGAGGGCAAAGAAUUUGUUGCUAGAUCUGAAGGUUACUGCUUUAAAUGGACAGAGCUCCCAGACAAUAUUACAAGAUCAAUACUGUCACGGCUGGGAGCAAUUGAGAUCCUGGCCACUGCUCAGAAAGUGUGCUCAAAGUGGUUCUACAUCUGCAAGGACCCAUUGAUGUGGCGCACCAUCGACAUGCACAAUAAGUUUGAUAUUUCCAACUACAGGCCCUUCUACUUGCAUGACUUGUGUGAAGAUGCCAUUGAUCGUAGCUGUGGUAAUUUGGUUGAUAUCAAUGUUGAGAACUUCGGUACCAAUUUUCUCCUAGAUUAUCUUGCAGAGAGGUCAAGAGGACUCAAACGCCUCCGUUUAGUGGGUUCUCAUAGAAUUACAGAUGAGGGAUUCCGUAAAGUGGCUUCAAAAUUUCCAAUGUUGGAGCACCUUGACAUUACAUUAUUCGAGGAUAUCUCACAUGAAACUCUAGCAUUGGUUGGGCGAUCAUGCCCUCUUUUGAAAUCAUUCAAGUUUAACAAACAAUGGUUCAGAGAUGACUGCUGCGAUAAGGCUGAGCGUAAUGACUGUGCAUUUGCUAUAGCAGGAACCAUGCACGGGUUACACCACCUCAUGCUUUUCAGGAAUCAACUGUCUAACAAAGGUUUGUCUGCAAUUCUUGAUGGCUGUCCUCAUCUUGAGUCACUAGAUCUACGACAGUGUUUCAAUCUUAAAUUGUGGGGAAAGACAGGUAGAAGAUGUGCUGAACGAAUUCAAAAGUUGUGGCUUCCCCAGGACUCCAUUGACGACAUUGACCCAUCAUAUGAUCUGGAUGCUGAAUGGUAGGCACCUUGUUCUUGGGAUGGAGACUCGGAAACUUUUUGUUGUACUCUCCCUUGUAUGCUCUGCAGAUGUUGUAUCUACGUUUUGUAAUGUUGACUGCGUGCAUUUUGGCUACUUGACAGAUUUCGCUAUCUGGGAUUUUCUGGUUAUGUAGUUCAUUAUCUGUUGGGAAAUGUUUUGUAUCUGCUUUUUUUAUGCUCAAGAUGAUCGUUGUACUUGUUAUGAGAUUGACUGCUUAUCGAUUAGGUUCCCCUGCAUUCUUCAGAC